ACGUAAGACCCUUACGCAAGUUUGCAUCUUUCCCCAGUUAAAACAACAUUAAACGGCGAAUCAUCAGCGGUAAAGUCGCAGUUUGUGUGUCCUCGCCAUGCGUGUCGGCUCCACAUUUCCGUUGGGAUCAGCUCUGCUGGUUCUGCUGGCAGGCUGUCAACCGUGUGUCUCGGCUGACAGUGAGACUUUGGCUCCACCAGAGGUCUCUCAGUACAAUGGUACUCUGUAUGCAGCCUGCAAAAUGAGACCCAGCACUUCCCUGGCUGAUGGUCUGCCCAAAGUGUACGGUCAGGUGCUGUUAAAGCAAGAUUAUCCUCUGGGGAAACUCAAUGCCCUUCUUCGGUUCAAUGGCUUCCCCUCAGAGGGCGAUCCGCAGCCCAGGGCGGUGCACAUCCAUCAGUACGGAGACUUGAGCCGGGGGUGUGCCUCCACUGGUGGCCACUACAAUCCACAUGGUGCACAUCAUCCCAACCACCCGGGGGACUUUGGGAACUUUGAGCCCCAGGAGGGAAAAAUAAAUGCAAUGAUAGAGUCUGAGGCGACGGUGUUUGGAGCGCUGUCUGUGAUUGGAAGAGCAGUGGUGGUCCACGAAAAGAUGGACGACUUGGGGAGCGGUGGAGACGCUGGGAGCCUGCUGCAUGGAAACGCAGGCCGGAGGCUCGGCUGUUGCAUUAUUGGAAUUGCCUCCCCAGAGCCCUGGAAUAUGCACUAUAAGCUGUAUAACAGGCGGCUGAGGAGAAUUUAGUUUUACAGGGAAUCGAAUAUACCACAAGUGAAAUUAACCAAAAACGAGGAUGAAUCACUUAGACAUACGUGGCCCUACAGUUUGUUCAAUACUUGUGUUAAAUGGGGUCAGAUCAGUCUCAAUGAUCUCAAAUCCACACCCAAGGAUUUACAAUUACAUUUCAAUGCACACAUAAAUAAAUUACCAUUUUAUAUUUGUUUUGUUUUGUGGAUUAAAUCAGCUUCUAACGUACUUUGUGAUAACAUACAAAACAAAGAUGUAUCAAAAUUCAAGCUUUUCCAUUAUAAAAUAUGAAAAACGUAACCCACUCAUGCAUUUGUGUGUCAACAUCGUCAUUGCGUAUGUGUUGGCGUGUUGACAGCGUUUAGCUUAAAGAACCUGCAUUACAUCCUCAAAUUGAAGCUUACCCGUGAGGGCUCAUUUAGAUCAUAUUUAAUACACUUUCCAACAAACCAGUGGUUUGAAAAUCUCUUUAUUCAGAAAUAAAUCCAGCUUUCGUUCACAUUUUUGCAAACACUGAUUACGUAUGGCUUCAUGAACUUUCUAGCUGGUGAGUUUGUUGCACCACAAAAACAGGACAAAGACGAUAGUGCUGGUUAUAUAGAUCUUGUAGCUUAGUCGAACUGACAUUCUUGUCUCCAAAUAUUUGCUAACAGAAGCCCGAUAUGGAAAUAAAUAAAAGCAUAUGUUAAAGAAA